AUGCUAAAUGAAAGAUUACCAAUGACAACAUAUUUCAUUCGCAACUAUAUAGAAAUCUUGAAGGAGUGUGGUGGAAUGAACAUUGAGAAACAGAUGAAGAUUUAUACAAAGAGAGAAGAUAAAUAUGUAGUUCGUUAUGAUAGAACAACACCGUUAUGGGAUGUUAUGAAAACAUUGUGGGAGUGCAAAUAUUUCGAACCUAUUUCUUAUGGAGAACUUUUCACAUAUACGACUGACUUAUAUAAACAGAACCUUGCACCAUUUAAAGAUUUGACAUAUGCUCCAAAGUAUUGUGUACAACUGAAGAAGAAAGCCGAGUCAAAAGAAGUAAAUAAAAAUAAGUGCAAGUUCAUUCCUGAGCACGUUUUCUUUGCUGACUUUGAGUGCAGUACCGAUGGCUUUCAUAAAGCUUUUAACAUAUGUUACGACAGUGAAGAUGGUUCAGUGAGUGAAAGCAUUUGGGGUCAGAACUGUGCAACAGAAUUUUUGGAACGACUUCCUGACAAGAGUUUAAUAUAUUUCCAUAACCUCAGUUAUGAUAUAAACUUCAUCUUAAGACACAUGACAGAAGUGAAAGGAACUCCCAUCAUUAAAGGUUCACGAACAAUGCAAAUAACUGGCUUAUAUAAAGGAAGGGCAAUUAUUAUAAAAGACUCUUACAGUGUUAUAAAUAAGAAGCUUAAACUAUUUCCUGCUAUGUUUAACUUACAAACAGGACCGAAAGAAGUAUUUCCAUAUAACUACUACAGCAGUGUUUUGUUAGCAAAUGACAACAGAACUGGUGUCAUUUCUGAAGCAUGUAAGUUUAUCCAGGAUGCAGAUACAUUCAUGAAAAACAUAGAUUCCAUCAAAG